AUGAGCCAACAAGAACUUCCAUUCAUAAUCUCUUUCUUGGGUGGUAGCAUCUCUUCUACUACAGCUGAGCUAGUAACAUUCCCUAUGGAUAUGCUCAAAACUAGAAUGCAAUUAGGAGGGACUCAAGGCGCAAUGAAAUACAGAGGAAUUUUCCAUAUAAUCACUCAUACCUAUCAGACUGGAGGCAUUGGAGCUUUCUAUAGAGGAAUGAUCCCUGCCUUAGUCAGACAAUUCACUUUUUCAGGAAUCAGGAUUUCACUUUACGACAAAGUUAUGCCUUUAUAUAUAAAUUAAUAUAAAAAAUAUAAAAAUUAAAUAUAUAGCUAACUAAUGGCUAAGUGAAUAAAUUUUUGAUGGGAGAUGACCUUGCUUCAGGCGGAUUUUGGCAAAGAUUUGUAUUUGGCGCUGGCUGUGGUGGUUUCGCAUCCUUUUUAGUCACUCCAUUAGACGUCUGCAAAGUCAGAGUCAUAAACGACGCAAAAAAAGAAAAAUAUUCUGGCCUGAUUGACUGUUUAAAAAAGACAUGGUCAAAAGAUGGAUUUGUCCAUGGAUUUUAUAAAGGAAGCUCUCCAAAUAUCUACAGAUCAGUUGUAGUGAAUGCCGCUGAGCUCGGAACUUAUGACAAUUCUAAAGCUUUGCUAAUGAAAAACUUCUCUAUGAGAGAAGAUUCAUUAUGGACUAGGUUUUGGGCUUCAGUCAUGGCAGGGUUUAUAGCAGCUGUAGCAAGCUCACCAAUAGACGUCGUCAAAACAAGAUAUAUGAAUGCGACCAAAGAAGAUCCUAAUGUGCCUAAAGGGAGUGAAGUGAGAUAUACUAUUUUUUUAUGGCUGAUUUAAUAAUAAAUAUAUAUUAAUUAUUAAUGGAAAAUAUAUAGAAAACACCAUACACAAGUCCUUUAGACUGCUUCAAGAAAAUCAUCAAAAAUGAAGGUUUCAGCGCUCUUUACAACGGCUUCAUGUUCCUCUGGAUGAGACUUGGGCCUUGGUGCGUAGUCAUGUUCAUCACCUGGGACCUCUACAAAGAUGCUGCAAAAAAAUACUACCUACAGCAGAAAACCAAAGAAGAGCUCCGAAAAUAA